AUGUCCUCCAGCUCGUUCACUGACACAGACCAAGCCCGAGCUGAACUGGAGACACUGCUAUUCAAUGACCCCGAAAUGAAAAAACUCUUAAUCAAAGGUGAAAGUAUCAAUAUCAGGGACAUGGUAAGCAGAUUGAUGGAGAAAGGAGUAAAAAUCGAGAAUAAACAGCCAGGAUCCCUCACCUCGUGCGCUCCCGCCCAAAAACAACAGCCACAAUCAAAGGAUAAAGGGAAAGAGAAGGUGGCACAUGAGCGAAACAUUUGCGUUCCCAAUAUGAUUGAUGUGCAAGGAGGCGCACCAAAAUCUAGACGUCUUCCGGUUAGAAGUUGUAGGCGACCGGCAUCUCCUCUCGAUUGGCUCUCUGACGAGUACCAUGAAGAAGACGAAUGA